GAGAAAAUCAAUUGGUUUAGGAGGUUUGGACUCACUUGACAGGUUCAGUUGGAGACGAUCAUAGGUGGCUGCUGUGACAAAGGGAAAUUGUGCUUUUCCAGCAUGCUUACUGACCCUGAUUUACCUCAGGAGUUUGAAAGGAUGUCUUCCAAGCGACCAGCCUCUCCGUAUGGGGAAGCAGAUGGAGAGGUAGCCAUGGUGACAAGCAGACAGAAAGUGGAAGAAGAGGAGAGUGACGGGCUCCCAGCCUUUCACCUUCCCUUGCAUGUGAGUUUCCCCAACAAGCCUCACUCUGAGGAAUUUCAGCCAGUUUCUCUGCUGACGCAAGAGACUUGUGGCCAUAGGACUCCCACUUCUCAGCACAAUACAAUGGAAGUUGAUGGCAAUAAAGUUAUGUCUUCAUUUGCCCCACACAACUCAUCUACCUCACCUCAGAAGGCAGACGAAGGUGGGCGACAGAGUGGCGAGUCCUUGUCGAGCACAGCCCUGGGCACUCCCGAGCGGCGCAAAGGCAGCUUGGCUGACGUUGUUGACACCUUGAAGCAGAGGAAAAUGGAAGAGCUCAUCAAGAACGAGCCCGAAGAAACCCCCAGUAUUGAAAAGCUACUAUCAAAGGACUGGAAAGACAAGCUUCUUGCAAUGGGAUCAGGGAACUUUGGUGAAAUAAAAGGGACUCCCGAAAGCCUAGCUGAGAAGGAGAGGCAGCUCAUGGGGAUGAUCAAUCAGCUGACCAGCCUGCGAGAGCAGUUGCUGGCUGCCCAUGACGAGCAGAAGAAACUGGCUGCAUCACAGAUUGAGAAACAGCGGCAGCAAAUGGAGCUGGCCAAGCAGCAGCAAGAGCAGAUUGCCAGACAACAGCAGCAACUUCUGCAGCAACAACACAAAAUCAAUUUGCUUCAGCAACAGAUCCAGGUUCAAGGUCAGCUGCCGCCAUUGAUGAUUCCCGUAUUCCCUCCUGAUCAGCGGACACUGGCUGCAGCUGCCCAGCAAGGAUUCCUCCUUCCUCCAGGCUUCAGCUACAAGGCUGGAUGCAGUGACCCUUACCCUGUCCAGCUGAUCCCAACGACCAUGGCAGCUGCGGCCGCAGCAACCCCAGGCUUAGGCCCACUCCAACUGCAGCAGUUAUAUGCUGCCCAGCUAGCUGCAAUGCAGGUAUCUCCAGGAGGAAAGCUCCCAGGCAUACCCCAAGGCAACCUUGGUGCUGCUGUAUCUCCUACCAGCAUUCACACAGACAAGAGCACAAACAGCCCACCACCCAAAAGCAAGGAUGAAGUGGCACAGCCACUGAACCUAUCAGCUAAACCCAAGACCUCUGAUGGCAAAUCACCCACAUCACCCACCUCUCCCCAUAUGCCAGCUCUGAGAAUAAACAGUGGGGCGGGCCCCCUCAAAGCCUCUGUCCCAGCAGCAUUAGCUAGUCCUUCAGCCAGAGUUAGCACAAUAGGUUAUUUAAAUGACCAUGAUGCUGUCACCAAGGCGAUCCAAGAAGCUCGGCAGAUGAAGGAGCAACUUCGGCGGGAGCAACAGGUGCUUGAUGGGAAGGUGGCUGUUGUGAAUAGUCUAAGUCUCAAUAACUGCCGGACCGAAAAGGAAAAAACAACACUGGAGAGUCUGACUCAGCAAUUGGCAGUGAAACAGAAUGAAGAAGGGAAAUUUAGCCAUGCCAUGAUGGAUUUCAAUAUGAGUGGAGAUUCUGAUGGAAGUGCUGGAGUCUCAGAAUCAAGAAUUUAUAGAGAAUCCAGGGGGCGUGGUAGCAAUGAACCCCACAUAAAGCGUCCAAUGAAUGCCUUCAUGGUGUGGGCUAAAGACGAACGAAGGAAAAUCCUUCAGGCCUUUCCUGACAUGCACAACUCCAACAUCAGCAAGAUACUGGGGUCCCGCUGGAAAGCUAUGACGAACCUCGAGAAGCAGCCAUACUACGAGGAGCAGGCCCGCCUCAGCAAGCAGCACCUGGAGAAGUACCCCGACUACAAGUACAAGCCCAGGCCCAAGCGCACCUGCCUGGUGGACGGCAAGAAGCUGCGCAUCGGCGAGUACAAGGCCAUCAUGCGCAACCGGCGGCAGGAGAUGCGGCAGUACUUCAACGUGGGGCAACAAGCACAGAUCCCCAUCGCCACUGCCGGUGUCGUGUACCCUGGAGCCAUCGCCAUGGCGGGGAUGCCCUCCCCUCACCUGCCCUCGGAGCACUCGAGCGUGUCCAGCAGCCCGGAGCCUGGGAUGCCUGUCAUCCAGAGCACUUACGGCGUAAAAGGAGAGGAGCCGCAUAUCAAAGAAGAGAUACAGGCCGAGGACAUCAACGGAGAAAUUUACGAUGAGUUCGAUGAGGAAGAAGACGACCCCGAUGUAGAUUAUGGGAGUGACAGUGAAAACCAUAUUGCAGGACAAGCCAACUGAUAAGGACCAAAAGACUGCUGCGACCGUAGGACUUAAAGAAGCCCUAGCUGGUUCGUCCUUACCAGUGGCCAAGCACAUUAACUUUCUCAUACACUGACUGUUACUUUAACUGUUAGUCUUAAAUAGUUGGGACAUCAGCUGACUAAUAGACCUCAGCCUCAAAAGGCUUGGAAAGGAAAAACAAAAAAAAAAUUCAACAAGCAAACAACAAUAUCAACAACAAGAGAUUGAAAUAAGCUAUGGGUAAAAUAAUGCCAGUAAUUCAGCUGCUACAUCCAAGCACUGAAGUCUUACCCGUCAACUUUUUUUUUUUAAAUAAACUUUAUGGCUGUUUGUUCUACAAUGUUCUAGAAAUUCUCACUCAGGUACACAGUGCCAACAAGUGGCUUGUGAAUGUGUUUUGUUGUUUUGUGCUACAAUUUUUAAAAAGAAAUAAGUUUUGUUUUGUUUUAGGGGUUUUCUGGGGGUUUUCCUUUUCCUUCCCUCCUUCCUUAUCUUUUUUUUUUCUUUUCUUCGUUUUUUGGGUUUUUUUGUUUUUGUUUUUGUAAUGCACCUGACAGAUAAAAGAAAGAUGAAUUUCUCUUGACUUCUCUCCACCUUCUCCAUCUCUAUACUUUAUAGAUGGAAGUCUGUGCAUGGGGGGGAAGAGGGAAAAAGAGCCUGUUUUUAACUUCCUUACUAUCCAUCACAAAAAUGAGCAAUUAUUUUCUUUAGAGGACUUUAUCUAGCACACCGCACUACAUCUUUGAGCAAGUGCCAAAUUUGUACUGAAGUGUUGACCCAAUUCAUUUCUUUCCUUUUCUUUUUCCUGUUCCUUCUUAAGUUAGGACAGUGUUAUAUCUUAGACAAUCCCUUGAAAAACCUGAAAUACCAGCAGCUGGUGAGAUUUGACUUUUUUUUUUUUAAUGGAAACUGUAGGUGCUGUUCUCAGGUGAAAAAAGAGAGAGAGAGAGAGACAUAAGAAAUUUAGAGAAAAAUAUUUUCUGAUCUUGGAUUUUUGUGUGUAUGUAUGUGUGUGAUUAUGGUACUAAUAGGAAUGACGUUGGACCAUUGUGAGUUAAACCCACGCCUGGGGAUGAAAUCCCACCAUCCUCCUAAGUGACUGGUCUGGAAGCAACCUUGACCUUGACUUUGCACUUCAAAUGACAACUUAACCAAUAUAGGGCUCAGAAAUUAUAUUUUUAAAUUUCUAAUAGGAUUAUUAUUGGAUGAAUCAGGUGGCCCUGUGUAACAGACGUGUGCAUGUGUAAUAUGGAAGCUACUAGCAAACUGCUCCCAGAUGUCCCUUCUCCCUGCUCAGUUGGUUUCACUAACGUUUGCUACUUAAUGAUUUCUGUUUGUUUUCCCUGUUGAUAACUUCAAGCAGAACAAUUGUUUUCCUUGAAUACAUUUGCCCAUUUUCCAGAAACAAAGAAUUAGCUUCUUUCUUCAAAAUCCCAUCCUUUCCUGAUGAGGAAAUGGAACUGAUGAUUUUUACAAGGGUAUUUUUCAUCUCUCCAUUAAAUGAGGUGGAGGCCAUUUGCCUUUCAGAAUUGUGGGCCACGUGCAUCUCAUGCCAAAAGCAGGAUUUGAUUAAAGGUCAUCGCAGCCCAACACAAUGGAGCCCGGCUGAACCCGGCGAUCCCCGCCACUGCGCAUCCCUUGCUGUCAGAGGAGGCCACUGGAGUCCAAGUGCAGGUUCCAGCGGAGCGUGUGCAUAGAGCAACAACGCAUGAUGACGGGACUGCUUAUUUAGAUGUUGCCAGCCAAGUGCUAAGGCAGUUGGGCCUGUACAAAUAAAUGCAAACUCACCGAAAGUCAGCUGCCACCGUUGGUGCAGAGGAUCAGAUAGUAAAUACUCCAACCAGUAGUUUGGAAGUGCUGUGAUUUUAACUCCAGUCAUCACUUCCCUAUCCCAUUUCCCCCCACCCCAAACCCGACCCUAAAAUUUGAUUUUUACAUAUAAAUAAGAAAAAAAAUUCCUUUUUAUUUUUCUCUCUCUCAAAAGACUUGCUCUGGGGUUUUUGCUUGGAGGAGCUGAUCAUAUCCUGCAUGUCAGAGAUUUUGUUUUGUUUGUUUUACUGUUUGUUUUUGAUGACUGUAUUUUCAUUUGAACUGCCUCUUUUUGCUAGUGUUGUAAUAAUGAUGAUGAUGAAAUAAUAAUAAUAAUAGUAAUAAUAAUAAUAAUGGUCAGCUGUUCCCAGAUUAGUAAGUUAUGUAUAAUUUAUUUCUCCCUUUCUAUUUUAUUCUGCUCUGAUUUGGAAGUGCAGCCAAUAAGCUGUUAGAUAUUUAAAAUGAAUUUUCACACACACACACACACACACACACACACACACACACAUUUACCCAGAUAAUGUUACUGCUCCUUCCAUAAGUUUUCUCCUUUUAAAAAAUCUGGCCCCAAUAAUGUCAAGUUCUGGUGUUUAAUACAAAGGAGUGAAUUAGUAGGAGGGUCGUGUUCAAUCUUAAUUAACUUACGCUCUCAUCAGUCAUUUCAGUUAUUUUACUGCCACAGUCAUCUAGAGCCAACUUUUUUGUUUCUGUUUUUGUUUGUUUCAUUUUGUUUCUAAGCACUCUGGAUAAGAAAAAAAAUAGACACUUGUUUUUAUAUCGUUAUUAUGUACAAAUGUGAAAACAGAUUUUUAAAAAUUUGUUCUCUGUCUUCAUUAAGAAAUUUUCUCUGAUUUAUGUGGGUUCACCUCUCACGUUUGCUGGAUACUUAUUUUACUCCAUGUUAUAAAAAAUACUUGGUUUUCAUUUCAUGACUUUGGGCUACAAGAAUACUUUGUUUUAGCUCCAGGUAGAUGCCACUUGAGGGCAUUCGUGGCUGAAACCAUACUAACGCACAUACCAGGACAUUGACAAGACACUUCUGUUUGGUCUUCUUUGUAUGUUUUUUAUUUUGUUUUAGUUAAAAGGGAAAACAAAAUUGUUAAUAGUGACCUUUAACUGCUGAAAUUUAGAAGUUAAUUUUGUUUAGUUAAAUUUAUGUCACAGGGACUAAACUGUGCAUGACUAACAAAAAGCAAGUUCGUGGCCCUGCACUAUAUUCUCUUGUUCUGACAUCUAACUCACUGGUGUUACGAUUUCUUUGCCUUAGUUUUCCCCGAAAGAAACAAAAAAAUUAGAUUAAUGUUUAAAGUACUUUGAAGUCAUUUGAUAAAGGUGCUAUGAAUAGCAACAUACUGUGUUUAACAGGUUGCCUUUUUGGCAUUUGAUUGGUUUAUAAUUUUUGUAAAGGAUCCUAAAACCUUGUAUUCUUUUUCUGUGCCCCAUGAUGACCAAGAAAGGUGAGGUGAAAGAAAUGAAAGUAAGCUCAAACGAAGAUGAACAUAAUCUCCCUCCUCUCUCCUUUCUUUCCCUACCUCUCCAUUCACCCGUCUCUGUCUCCCCCCAACACACACACACACACACACACACUCACCCUAGUACUCACUCACCCUAGUACUGAGGAGUGAUCCUGCCAAAAUGCUUUUUUAUGCUGUUGUAAUCAGUUCCUCUAAAAAGUCAUGUUUUAAUAUGAAUCUAAGAGAACAUUACUGGACAAAAACAAGUUUAAGUUGCUCAUUUGUAAGUUACUAAUAAUUCAGCUGGUUACUACAAUUGGAUAAAAUACAAAAGUAUCCUUCAGUACACUUAUCCCUAAAUUAGUUCAGUCCAUUUUUAACAUUUAUUUGGCAUCUGCGGGUAAGAGUUAACCCUGUAUAAAAUCUGCCCCCAAAGAACAUAUUGAAACCAAAUCCUCUUACAAGGAGCAAGUAUAAGAGAGUUUUCUUUGAUGAAAUUAUUUCAUAGAUUUGAUUUCUACAGUAGGCUUUUACCUGAAUUUGUUUAAAGAUAGUUAUCUUUAAGUAUUUCAUGGUCCAAUUUCAGAUAUUUUCUUAAUCCAUAAGUAGUUACUAUUCCCAGAAGAAACCUCUUAUAUCACAUUUAAAGCAUCAGAAAUAAUUACAUUUUCAAGCAUUCUAAUAGGUAAAUUAUUGAAUUGUAAUAAACAACUGUAUAUUUACAAGCAGGUUUAUAAGAUAUUUGUUUAUCAAGUUAAGAGUAAAAUAAAAAUUAUGGGGUCUGCAAGGAAAAAUAUGAAGCCCACUAAAAGUGGUUCAGAUAGCUCUUUGUCUUAUAGGGCAUAGGUUUUUGUUUAGACAGGCUUUUACAGUAUUUAAUUUUAAAGUUUCCUAUAACUCUCAGUUUCCCAGGUCUAAGAUGACGUUGUGUUGAGUUUUCUACUGAUUGAUUCCUGUCCUCCCCAGUGUUUCUGUCACUGGUUCACUAAAACAGUAUUUAUAUAGCUCCACUGGCUCUAAAGCUCUUAGUCCUUCUAACAUUUUGGAUUUUAUGAGUAAAAAUGGUAAAAAAAAAAAAAAAAAAAGUAGAAAAGAGACAAUCAAAUGCCUGGAGCUUAAAACAAAGUAUGUGCAACCUACCAUCUCACUUGAAAUUUAAUAAAAUAAAUAAUUAUGUAAAUAUAACAUAGAGUUAUAGAUUUAUAUUUUGUUCAUAACACAUAGUGUAAUAUAAGUUGUAUAUUUUCAUGUUUUUGGUUUUAUGUUAUCAUUCAUGCCACAAUAAAAAUAAAACAGGAGUUUAUGUACUCUUAAAAAAAAAAGAUGUGGGUUGCCACCAACCUGUUUUUGUUUUGUUUCUGUUUUUUUUGUUUUUGCAUUCUUUUUUCAGUAUUACUGCCAUGCAAGGCACCAAUAAAAACAGCAAAUGUGUUCUUUACCUAU